AUGUCUUCGACAGAUACGAAUGUGCCGAAUGAUUCCAAAUUUUACCAGUUUUCUAUUGGUGAUAUGGUUUACGUUGGUAAUCAUGUCGAUCGUGUUGGUACAAUUGCCUUUAUUGGAAAUACGGAGUUCGCCCAAGGCGAGUGGAUAGGGAUAAAAUUGCAAGCUCCUAAUGGAAAAAAUGAUGGCAGUGUCAAUAAUAUAAGGUAUUUUGAAUGCGAGCCGCGUCAUGGCCUCUUUACUCGCCGCAGUUUUCUCAAGCCCGUCUCAGAAAUCCCCGCCACCACAACGGCACGACGUAUCAGUGGGGCGUCCAUGGGGCCGGUGUCGUCUCCAGUGCCGGAUGGUUCGACCGGCUCCUUGCAGGUGGGCAACCGUGUGCAGGUCUCAGGCAGCCGCGUGGGCACCGUUCGUUUCAUUGGACCCACCGAUUUCGCAGCCGGUGAGUGGGUCGGCAUCGAACUAGAUGAACCCCUUGGCAAAAACGAUGGCACAGUCAUGGGACGCAGAUACUUUACUUGCAAACCUAAUCAUGGACUUUUCUCGGCGGCAUCCAAGAUAACCCCAUUUACUGGUAAAACCUCAUCACGGCCAUUGAGAAAAGCCGGAAGUCGAGAAUCAUUACUGUCAGUGGGGUCAAACUUCAGUUCUGUUUCCCGACAGAGAAAUAGACCAUGCACGCAGGUCCGUACAACGCCAGGUCAAGGAUCUUUUGGCGGUCCCAGUGUGCACGCUUUGGAGGUAAGCGAAACUACCCCAUUUUACCCACCUUUCUGCAAUGCUGAAGUUAAUGGAUCAUUGCUCUCUAAUACCGUAGCCACCUUUCUCAUUUCAGAGAAAUGGAAAUGUAGCGCCAAGAAAGGUUCCAUACAUAUCCUAGAAUUUGCACCUCUUUGUAGUGUUGUUAAGGAAAAGGAAGCGCAUAUCGAACAGCUAAUGCAGGAGUUUGAAAUGGAAAGGACAGAAUUGGCCAAAGUUACUACGGAGCGGGAAAUGUUUGAAAUGGAAGCUGCUGGACAACGCAACUUAAUUGGGCAACUUCAGAGCCAGAUAGAGGAGCUUCAGGCGGCUGCUAUGCAUCUUUCUGAGGAGAACUGCAAGCUCAAGGAGCGAGUUCACGACGAAAUCAAAAAAUCGGAAGAACUUCAGUUUCGUCUUGAGGAGGAGGCAAUAGAAAAAACAACACUGGAGAACCAGAAGUCAGACGUGGAGGAGCGCAUAUUCGAGUUAGAGGAGGCCCUGGCGGUAGCCAAAGAGACCAACGAGCGCAUGGAAUGCCAGUUGAAAGAAAAAAAUGCUCUGUUGCCAAAACCACCGACGACUAUGGCGACUAGCAACUCGUCAGCCGAGGGCGCCCGACUGGCCGCAGCUGAGGCGCGGAUCGCCGAACUGGUGGCAACUCUGGUGAAGAUGCAAGAGGAACAACUCAGCGCGGAUACUAAAGAGCAGGUGUCCACGAAGGAUGCUGAAAUACAGCAACUGCAAGCACAACUUUCCAGUGUACAGGCCUCCCUUUUGAAAGCUGAGCAGGAACUCGCUGAAAAGGCCCCGAAAGAUGGAGGGACAAGCGAAAGGUUGAAUGUGUCUAGAGCGGUUGAGGAAGAAUUGAACUCUGCUUUGAACCAGCAAAGGAUCCUUCUCUCCGUCGAGGAAGAGCGAUUAAAGAGUGAGGAGGUAAACACUCUUGUCAGUCAGCUCGCCCAGGCUGAAGGUAAACUGGCUACGAUGGGUGCCAAGGUGGCGGAUUUGGAGAAACAGAUCGUUGAGCUCGAAGCGACAAAAGCCGAGCUUAAUGAUGCGCAAAAGGCCAACGUAUCGUCCCUCUUGCAAUCCCUUCAUCCGGACGCCCUCCUCAACGAACUACAGACGCGUAUUGCGAAGGCGAAGGAGAAUGCCUCCGAGGAGUCUGACAAGUGGGCUAAACGCCUCCUCGGGCUGGCGGAGGAAUUUAGGAAGCUGAAGGGACUGGAGCGAGAGCCCGACGAGGCGACAGCCGAGGCUCUUCAGAAGAUGAGCAUCAAGCUCCUUGAGGCUGAGGCUGAACUCGCUCAAAAAGAAUCUGCUUCGAUGGAGCAGGUGGCCACUCUUACCGAAGCCCAGCUGAACCUGCAGGAGGCCCAGGAUACGUCACCUACGCAGGUGCUAAUCACCGAGGAGCUGCGCAAGCGCCUUGAGGUGCUUGAGGCUGAGCGCUGCCAUUUGGCCACUGCCCUCUCCGAGCAGCAACAGGAAGUCAUUCUGCUGCAAAAGACCCUGAAUGAGAGGGGCGCCGAGACGGAGACUUAUGCACAGAAUGUAGUCAGGUUAGAGAACGAACUGAACACCGUCGUGGGUGAGCGGGAUAGGAAACUGAAUGAACUCAAGGCCGCUGUUGGCUCCAAAGAAGGCUUAGGGCUUACUGACGAGGAACUUCUUCAACGCGUCGCGCACCUGCGACUACACAAUGAAGAACUGGAAAGACAAUAUGCUGCAUCUGAGGCUCGCGUGAAGUCGUUGACCUCUCAGCAUUCUCAGGUCGAAGAGGAAUAUCAAGCUCUCAAGAAAUCGACCACCUCGAUGUCCUCGAUUGAUGAACGAGUAUCGGCAAUGCAACGUGCUUUGGAUGAAGCCAAUUAUCGUGUUGAGUUGGCCGAGCAGUCUUCGGCAACAGCUCUCCAACAACUGGAGUCCAAAAAUCUGGAACUCCAAUCCCUGCAACAACGGCUUCUCAAAUUAGCCAAAGAUCAUGAGGAGUUUCAAGACAAGCAGAUGCAACUUGUCACCGGCCUCGAAACUGAGAAGAGGAUUUGCGUGGAACGCAUGAAGAGAGCUGAGAAAAAAGUGGAGCGUUUUGAAAAAGAGUCUCAAGCGAAGUCGUUCCAAAAUCCAGCAUCGCCACCUUCCAUGUCGAAUGGUCGUGGGACCCCUCGCACACUGACAGGUGGAUCUACCGCUUAUGACAGUUACGACAGCCAAGUGAAUUUUCUCAACUCCAUCAUUAUCGAUCUGCAUGCGAAAAACGCCGAUCUAGAGCAGCGGCUUCGCAACGCCAUCGAACAUCCUGGUGGAGUUGGCACCGGUGAAAAGUUGGGGGCGAAGGAGGAGGCGCGGAAGCAUGCGGCGAAGAUGCGUUACUGGUGUGACAAUUGCGAAGUCUUCGACUUUCAUGACACCGAGCAGUGUCAGCACGAGCCCACGGUCGCGCGGCGAAGCGCGGUGCACAAACUAGCUCGCCACGUUGGACCUUCGAGCGACAGGGUGUAUUGCGAAAACUGUGGCGUUUUCGAUCGGCACACCACUGCCGAAUGCACCGAGGAUCCUCAGGAGACGUUCUAA